UCUAAUAGAUUCAUUUGUUGUUGUUCGUUUUAAUAAUUGUUAAUCUUUGUAGUUCCUCAGUCUUUGAUCGAUUCAGUUUUUUUGUUGAUUGUUUCAAUUGUUUAUGUGUUUUUUACCAUGUCUCUUGUGUUUGAUUUUAGUCUGUGAAGAUGUCAAUAAAUUGACUCAAAUUGAGUUUGUAGUGCUGUUUGUUCCAAUAAGCCAAGAGAAUACACAAUUAUGCAUUACGUUAUUGUAAAUUGAAUGAAGGCUUUUCAAGAAACUACGUGCUUCACUAUGGAAUCAAGAAUCAAUGAUAGUAACAUAUAUUCCAGAAAUUUCUAUUGAACUGUAUGAAAAAAACUGAAUAUUUGAGAAUGUAGGCGGAGAAAUAGAGAAAAUUAUUGAGAAUCGACUAAUCAAAUAGCCAUUAGUAGGGCACCGCCCUUAUUUUGAAAAUUUUACCUGUGAAUAAGAUAUAAAAAGAAAGACUUCGACUCUUGCUGACAUAUCUGAAACAGAGUGCCGUAGAGAAAAGUUUAGAAAUGACGCAGUUGAGGAAUAACCCGAGUGAAAUAUCUAAAAGAAUUCAAAGAAAGGGUCGACACGUUUGCUAUAAGUGCAGUUUAAAAUUUGAACACUACGAAAUCUUCAAAAACCACAAGGACAUCCAUCUAAAUAUUGAAGAAAAACGAAGAAAACAUCGAAACAACAUAUCAGAAAAAAAAGUGCUGAAGGAUCAAAUCAAAGAGGAACUGAAAGAACCUGGAGACAUUAAAACGGAAGAAAUUGCGCCGGAGGAUGUUAAAGAAGAAGACAAUCAAUAUGGAGGCGAUAGUCAUCGACUUGUAAGGAUGAUUUAUGCAUCAAUAUGCGCUUUUGCCAUGCCAAUUCCACAACGAAAACGUUGACUUCAUUUUUUAGUUUGAAGGAUGUGUGAUUUGUUGUUUUGUAGUUCAAUCUGUAUUGUCUAUUUAAUAAACUAUUUUUUACUGUUA